AUGGAAGGCCUAUCUCGAGAUAGGAGACUGGUCCUCGCUUGUGAGGCCUUUUAUAAGGGCCAAUUUGAUUCUAAGCAGGCGUGUGCGACUGCUUUUGACGUCAAGAUAAGCACCUUGAAAGGACGGCUGAAAGGAGUCAAAUCUCGCACUGAGAUAGAUGCCAAUUGCAGAAAGCUAUCUAAAAAUGAAGAAUUGGUAUUGAAGCGAACGAUCCUAGAUAUGGAUUCACGCGGCUAUCCUCUUACUAUCGCGAAGGUCCGCUAUCUCGCUGAGCUUCUCCUAUCUUCAAAAUUGAAGCCGAAGCGACAAAAUGAGGCCUUUAUUAGCGAGCGCUGGGUUCACCGAUUUACUCUUCGACAUGAAGCCGAAUUAAAGUCAAGAUAUACACAGCGUUUUGAUUAUCAACGUGCAAAGUGCGAGGAUCCCAAGAUUAUAAAGCGGUGGUUCGAAUUAGUGCAGAACACUAUACAAAAAUAUGGGAUUCUUGAACAGGAUACUUAUAAUAUGGAUGAGACAGGGUUCCAAAUGGGAGUUGUUUUAACUGCGAAGGUUAUAUGCGGCACUGAAUCCCGUCAGACGAAUGCAAGAUCAAUCCAACCUGGAAAUCGCGAAUGGGUCAUUUCUAUUGUUACAAUUAACGCUACGGGUAGCGUACUACCUCCGCAGAUUAUCUUCGCUGGUAAAAUGCAACAGGAGAAGUGGUUUGAAGCCCUGCCUGAUGACUGGCGGAUUAGCCUAAGCGAGAAUGGGUGGACAAAUGAUAAACUCGGUUUUGAAUGGCUUCAAUUCUUCGACCAAUAUAGUUAG